AGAGAGGGGUCACACAACAAAAUGAGUGUCCCCGCUCGACAAACCUUAUUUCCGCCCUGAAUGUCUCUGCGAGGGAGCAUUUAAAUGGACUGUAAAACGAGGCCGCGCUGGUUGCUGUGACUGCGACUCCCAGCCCCGUCCGUCGCUCCUCUCAGUUUGGACCCGAAGCUAGAGGAUGAAUACAAACGCGUCUCCGGUUGUGGUCUUCUUGUCACUUGUCCUGCAGUCCGAGGUGUUUUCCUCUGCUUUCCUGGAGCCUUACGACCUGUUAUAUGACAAUGCCGUGCAGGCGUUUUACACCAGCGACUACGGCAGUGCGGUGCGCCACAUGGAGGGAGCGCUCAGCAGUUACGCGCAGGUCCGACGCACCAAGGUCCGCUGCAGGCUGAGCUGCCAGGACCAGCAUCCGUUUGAGGAGACACACUCAGACCUGCGCUUCUUCGACGUGGUCCUUCGGAGGGCUGCUUGUAUGAGCCAGUGCAUCGAGGAGAAACUCGGUACCCAGUCUUUACACCGAGUCAGCGAGGAUGUGGUGCAGGACUUCAACAGGAGGAUCCCCUACAACUACCUCCAGCUGGCUUACCUGAAGUUGAAGCAGCCUGACAAGGCGGCAGCGGCAGCUCACACCUACUUCCAGGCCAAUCCGGAGCAUGUGGAGAUGAGGCAGAACCUGGAGCAGUACAAAGACCUCCAGGGCGUCAACGAAGACCACUUCGUGGACCGGGAGGCCCGGCCUCACCAACGCUCCUUCAGUGAGGCAGUGAGGUUGUACGACAAAGGCGACUACGAUGGAGCCAUCGCUCUGUUCGAGGAAGCUUUGGUGGAAUACUAUAAAGCAGAUGUGGAGUGCCGGGCCCUGUGCCAAGGUCCACAGACGUUUGAGGGCCACGAUCACCUCCGCUACCGUUACAGCCUACAUGAACUCAUAUCAGAUCACUUCACUCAGGUGCUGCACUGUGAACACGAGUGUGUGAGAGACCUCGCAACUCGACCGGGUCGCCUUUCACCCAUGGAGAACUACUUGCCCCUGCACUACGACUAUCUUCAAUUUGCGUUUUUCAAAGUGGACAGGCUGGAGGAGGCCCUGCGGUGCGCUUUGACCUACCUUUUGUUCCAUGAGGGCGAGGAGUUCAUGACGGAGAACGUUGAUUACUACAGCGAGGUGCUGGGACAUGAUGGGGAGCCACGAGAGAAAGGUGCAUGGUACUUGAGAAGACACAAACAGGAGCUGGAACUUAUUUUAAUUGGAAGCAGAAUAAUGGAUGCAGAGUUUGUCGAAGGGAAUUACUGGAGAAGUACAGGUGGAAGGGAUGACUCAAACAGGAUUCCCUCUGGCACAGAUGGCUGGAUGGAGUAUGUUCCCAUCUCAGACAAAAAGAAUGUUACUGCCGUUGAUCCACAGCUUCUUAAAGAAGGUGGUCCCUUGUUGUACGACAGUGUGCAGCUGGUGCAGAACUCAGUGGACUUGAACGGGACCCAGCGGGUGCUGCUAGAUCACGUCAUAUCUGAGGAGGAGUGUGGAGAGCUCAGAAAUCUAGCACAUUACGUCACCAUGGCAGGAGAUGGUUACAGAGGGAGGACGUCCCCACAUACUCCCAACGAGAAGUUUGAAGGAGCCACAGUUCUCAAAACUCUGCAGUACGGUUACGAAGGCAGAGUGCCGAUGAAGAGUGCUCGCCUCUUCUACGACACCAGCGAGCGAGCCAGGCAAAUUAUCGAGUCCUAUUUCAUGCUGAACGCCACUCUGCACUUCUCCUACACACACCUGGUGUGCCGGACAGCUAUCACAGGCCAGCAAGAUCACAGAAACGACCUGAGCCAUCCCAUCCAUGCUGACAACUGUCUGCUUGACCCCGACGCCAAUGAGUGCUGGAAGGAACCUCCAGCUUACACUUACAGAGACUACAGUGCAUUGCUCUAUCUCAAUGGAGAUUUUGAAGGAGGGGAGUUCAUAUUCACAGAAAUGGAUGCCAAAACAGUCACGGCAUCAGUGAAACCCGCAUGUGGCAGGAUGGUGGGUUUCUCAUCAGGUGGGGAGAAUCCACACGGCGUGAAGGCCGUCACCAGGGGCCAACGGUGUGCUGUGGCCCUGUGGUUCACCCUGGACCCGCUCUUCAGAGAACUGGAGAGACUGCAGGCAGAUGAGGUGAUUCAGGCGUUGGACGUACAGUCUGUGUGGACUCAAGGCCUCAACAUCAACCCUAAAGAUGAACUCUAGAGGCUGGAAAAUAAACUUCCUCCUCAAUGAAAACCCUCCAUGAGCUUCAACUAUUUAUUGAAUGACCUUUUAAUUAAAAAACGUUUUAUUUUUAUUUUUUGUACUCUUUGAAGUGCAAGUUUAAUUAUACUGUCAUUUUGUGUCAUCACUUUGUGUUUUUUUUGUGUUUGUGUGUUUCUCAAAACUUGAGUUUUGCCUUUAUUUUUCCAUCCAGUCACAGCCUCAAGUUAAGUGUUUUAUACUUGUAAUCUCACUGAACUGUGAAAUUGACAUUUCACUGCUCUGGGUUGUGUUUGAUCCUGCAUUGUGAACAGGUAUCACAAAGUACCUUAUUUUCACUGGUCCAUAGUUUCAAAUGAUAUUCAGCAUCAUUUAAAAAGUAAUAAUACUGUUAAUAUGUUAAUAUUAACAUCAUUUUGUUGUCCAUUUUUUUUCCACUUCUGUGCCAGUAAUUAUUUUCAAAGUGCACUGUUUUUUCUACUUCAGCUGGGGGGGGUACUUCAAGAAAGAGAUCAUGUUAAAUACAUGCUAAAUACAUCCAAACACUACAUUUUUCAAUGUUCAUGUAUGUCAGGGGGUAGAAGUGAAAAUGUCCUCUCUUAGUCUUGAGUCCUUGUAAUGAAGCAGAUUACUGGCCCAGGUGUUCACUGACACCAGGACAUGCUGAGUGUGUUUUAGUUUUAUUUAUGUGUUGUAAUAACAGACAGCUGCUGUCUGCAUUUAAUAUGAGAAACUUUUUUUCAUAAAAGAUGCCAAUCAUUCCUGUUUCAAGGAAUACGUAUUUGUACGGUCUUUUAUUUCUUUAUAUUUGUGUUGAUGAGACAGAUGACAGGUCAAGUCGUGCACUGUAAAACUCAUGGAAGCAAAUAUGAAAGUUUCUGUUUUGUUUUUCUGUUUUUUGUUUUCUAUACAGGUUCCAGAAGCUAACCAUAAAUUUAGUCCUUUGUUCAUGAGGUUGGCCACUUUUUUGUUUCACUGAUAUUUAAUUUUGAAAUGCUGUAGCACACAAAAAUGUAUGUGUACAUGCCAGUAAAUAACACAAACAAGAAAUAUUCCAUACCUACAGUAUAUGUAAAUGUGUCUUUUUGCUUUAUUUAUUCAUGUCAUAUGGUUAAGGAAGAAGUUCGACAUCUACGAUGGCAUAUGCUCAUCUUUUGUGCAUUUUGAAUGUUUUCAGACAUUUUUUCAGGUUCUUUUGCCUUAAAACAGAUUCA